AUCGAAUUGAGGACGAAUCUGAUUGUUGUAAAGAAGAACUAGAAAUCAAUUAUGACUUUUAAUUUUCCUUCAAAUCAGUCACCAGGCAAUUACUUUAGGCAAGGCUUGUACCAGAAUCCACAACCAGGUCCAUCAUCUGCUUAUAGUUGCUACAACCCACCAGUUGGAUAUCCUCAUGAUAGUCAGAUUAGGUUUGGUCUGGAAGCUCCUGAAGCGGCUGUUGCAGCAUCUCCCCACAGUAUGAUGCAACAUUCCACACGUCCAUACCCAUACCGUCCACAGCCUAACUAUGGUUAUGUUUCAAAUGGAGAACUAGCAUUGGGAUUUGGCAACCCUUUGAGUGUGGCUUCAAGAUCUAGUCCACAGUUAUAUUCACCACUGUAUAAUUCAAAUGAAUUGUCAACAUCUAUAACUGAUGAUGACUUAAGAACAAUAAAAAUGCCAAGUGCCUCUGCAACAGCAACAAUGAACAAGUCUUAUGAAAGAAGUACCAAAGUUAUUGGCACAAAGCCAGUAUCUAAAACUGUGCAAAGUGCAUUUAAAGACAGUUUUGAUUCUUCAUCAAGGAAAAAUCUGAAUGCCUCACUUUCCAAGGAAUUUCAUACAGAAAUGCCUGGUACAUCUCAGAUUCGAAUAAGUGGCUUAAAGAAGCCUGAAAUCAACUCUGUACCAACAAAAUUUAUCGCAGUAGAUUCAAAUAAAAUAUCAGAUUCAAAUAAAAUAUCACAGGAAGUUGUAUCAUCUACUGCAGGUUUACGAGUUCUAUCUGGCACUGUGGACAAGAUAGUGAAAUGGGAAAAAAUACUGAGCUUUGCAAACUUGUUAUUUGAAGUCUUUGGUUCAUUAAUUUCUGUUCAGCCAGGGAUGAAGUACCCUCAGAAAGUCCUUAUGCUUCGGGAGCCAACAGGGCCUAUCUUGCAGUGUAUCUUCUAUGAAAUUGACCGUAGGCUGCCAUCCUUACAGACAGGUGACUACAUAAGGUGUGUGGGAUGGUUCAUUGGAAAAACAAAGAUGCAGAUUGUGUCAGUGCGAGAGGUGACCCCUGCAGAAAGAUCCAGUAUACAAAGACUUGGAUUUAUAUCUCAAAGAGCAGCUCAGGAUAUAUUUGAUAAUUACAACAAGAAUGUUCAGAAGUGAAACUCUCAGUUGGACCCUGUCAAUGCUAAGUUCUUAAAGUGUAUCUUUUGUAAUUGUACGUUCUGCUAGUCAAACAUUUUGCUUCCUCACUGCCUUAGUGUCGUUAACAUUACAUGU